CUUCUGGCUGCAUGCGCAGGUGAGCACAUACGACGUGUGAGAAACUUACAAGGAACGUAGUUCCCACGAUUUGGAGCGAUCAAAGAUCCUGCGUCUUUGUGUGUAUUGUGAAAUUUGAUUUCCUCCCCUAUAAACCGAGCGAUCGAAUGCCGGGCACAAACGCAAGAAGGGUGACUUGCAAGACACUAGCAUAAAAAAUAAAUAGACAUGCAAAGGAAUGGGCAGUUUGGCAGGGAGAAGGGGAAGAAAGUAGUGUAAGGGGUGCGCAUGUGUGUGCUGGCAUGUAAGCGACGAAGCAACGUGGAUAAGAAAAUAGAGGGUUGAUUUCUACUUUAACGUGAGCGCACAAUAAACACCACAACAACACGCACGUCAAGACCGCAAAAAGGACGAGUGAGCGUACGGCUCUCAGGGACUCCAGCUUGUGUGUGUCUUUAAUUCACGAACAUGGAGUACAUUUGAGGGUUGUGCUCGACAGCGUUAGCGCUCAUUCUCACAUUCCUGUACACGCCGUUGGAGUAUAAAAGGGUGUAGGCUAAGGACAGCAACUUGCAUUCCACCGCAAACACUCAACAGUGAAACACACUCUGGAUUUUAGUGCAACACACACGAACUAUCGAGAGAGAAAAUUCAAUAAAAUUCGUAACACAAUGUCCAUCCAAGUAUCGGAAAUGUCUAAGACUUAUCAAUACCGCAAAGUGAUGAAGCCAAUGCUGGAGCGUAAGCGGCGCGCACGCAUCAACAAGUGUCUCGAUGAGCUGAAGGAUUUAAUGGUCGUCACACUGGAGUCGGAGGGCGAGCAUGUGACGCGGCUGGAGAAGGCCGAUAUACUUGAGUUGACCGUUACGCAUUUACAGAAAUUGAAGCAACAACGCAAGGCCGCCGCCUCCAAGGGUGGCGCUAUGUCACAGGCUGAGGGCUUCCGUUCCGGUUAUAUACAUGCCGUUAACGAAGUAUCACGCUCACUCUCACAGCUACCCGAUGUGAAUGUACAUCUUGGCACCCAACUGAUGACACAUCUUGGCCAGCGUCUGAAUCAACUGCAACCCGCCGUACAGCCACCAACACCCAUCAACUCACCGCUAUCAGUACACAUUGCCAGCAACGUCAGCCGCGCACAUUACUCCGUGCCCAUUUCGCCCAUCUCCAGCUACAAUGGCAGUCCCAACUCGAGCGCCAGCAGUGAGAAGCUUAGCAGCAGUUGUAUGAGUCAAAGUCUGCUGACCACCUAUAGUGGUCAUUCGCCCAUCGAUGCACGCACAGCUACGAAUGUAGCACAAGCUGAGGAGGAGGAUGUCUGGCGCCCAUGGUAGGCGCUCAAAGGCCAAACCAAGUCAAGCAGCGUCUGCAGCAGUUCCCAGUACAAAACAAUUUUAUACUCAGUGAUAAAGUCUUCCAGACGUGCAGCCACCAGCCAGUAUCUGCCGUCAAUUGCCGUUAAAUAUAAAGCUUUAAAGUAGAGGAGAGGCUUUUGUUAAUGGCCACGUUUCCAGCGUCAUUAACGAAUGCAUUUCAUCGUUGUGAUUAUCACACAAUUGUUAAACAUUGUCAUUAAGUUUAUUACAUUAUAGUUGAAUUAGAGAAAAUUUUUAAAAAAUUUAGCCUAGGUAAUUUUAAAAAAUAUACAAUAAUAAGAAAUGAAGAAACAUAAA